AUGUCCAUCUUGGAUGAAACGACUGGCUCUGUGUCAUUGCCUCAACCUGAACUUGGCCAUUGGAUCAUGUGGCUGUGCUUUCUUCCCAUUGUGAUCUUGGUACUACGUGCAGGUAGCAUCCGCGCUGUGGCACACCAAGAUCCAGCACUGAGGUACGGUCUUUUAUUGUUGUGGCCUUUCUUGAUGUUUCUGGGCACGUAUCUCUUUGGACACCUGCUGUACCCUCGCAGGUUUUGGAUCGAUCAGGUCUGUGUCCAUCCAUCCGAUCCGGAGGUGAAGGCAAGAACCCUCGAGGCUAUUCCCGCCUUCGUAGCUCAGUCAAAACAGAUGCUGGUGAUUUGGGAUGACACUUACUGGCAAAGACUCUGGUGCAAUUAUGAGGUCGCUGUUUAUGUGAAAGCUUCUUCAGCACGGCCCAUACGCUUUGUGCCAGUCUGGAUGCCCUUGUGGGUCUUGUCGAGCUUCACUUUUUUCACUUUGAUGUGCUUCUUGAGUGUUGGAGGAACUCAGUCUUACCAACUGGAUUUGGAUUCAACGCUUUCAUUCAUGGUCUCUUACAUGAUGAAUGACGUGCCCGUGGAUGUGGUUUCGGCUGGAAUCUGUGCUUUGCCUUGUUUCUGGCUGGGCGUGCGGAAAGUGCAGAAACAUGAGUUGAUGCUGAACCAGAUGAAGCACUUCGACAUUCGAAGUACUGAGUGCACAGUGGAAAGUGACCGCAUAGUCAUCCAGCAACAAAUUGUGAACCUUUUUGAUGAAGCCUUGGAGCCUCCGGUUCAAGUCCCUUUUGGAACUGUUCCAGAUAUGCCAGAUGCUCCUUUGGUGUCUCCGGAAGUGCUUUGGGACAUCCGUGAUAUCACUAGCUACCCGACUCGUGAUGAAAUCCUGGACCACUUCAAUGCAUAUGUGAGGGGGCCAUUGCGUGAAAGCGUUGAGGCAUCCAUAGGAAAAGAGGAUUAUCUCCCCCUCAACUCUUGCAUCGCGGCUAACUUGCCAAUGAUUUUGGGUGGCUUUACGAUUGCCCUUGGAUGUAAUGGCCGUGCGGAUUGUGAGCUGUCAGCCUCGUACUUGGGGUAUGCUUCGGUCACGGAGUACAUGCUUGGCAAUCUGUUUGUAUGUGGAGUACAGAUUCCCUUGACAUGGAUCCUCAUCUUUCCGCUGGUGCUGCGAACCACUGGCCUGGUAACGCGAGCCAUGUCAACUGGAAUUUGGCAGACACUCGCGGGUGAUUCCCACAGCCGUUCCGAACGACGUGAGAAGAGGGGGCUUCAGAGCAAAUCCCUUAAGCCACGGCAGGAAGUCGCGAAGGUCACCGCUCGAAGCGCCGAAGAAAGGACUCGGACGACUCCUCUGACAGGAAGAGGAAAAAGAAGCGACACUAGUCGCCAGGAUGCCGAAGCUAACAGCUCCCCUUCCAGAUCACCGCAGCCGGUGAACGAGGUGAAGUUCGAUCACCGUCGCACUGCGGGUGAGGUACGACGAUGCAAAAAGGGGAAGCGCACGGACAUUAAACCACAUGAGUGGGACAAGUUUGGCUACUUUGCCAAGGAAGAGGUGUUACAAAGACCCAUCGUCUACGAAGGAUCGACGGUGCCUAUCCCCAGAGUAAAGGCCAGCGAGAUGACGCCGGAGCGCUUCUUCAAGGAGGUGGCGUGCCAAGCACAGCCCAUCAUCAUCGAGGAGUGCUGCUCCCACUGGCCCGCAAUGGAACGCUGGUCCAUUGACGCUUUGGAAGAGAGAUUCCGACAUGUUCCCUUCAAGGUUGCGAAAGAUGACAACGGCAAGAAACUGCGCAUGAAGUUCAAGUAUUUUGCCGACUACGUCCGCCAUCAACGGGAUGAUAACCCGCUCUAUUUGUUCGAAACGGACAUGGACGACAAUGCGCACAUCAGGCCAUUGAUGGAUGAUUACGAGGUGCCGCAGUACUUUCCGCACGACUGGUUCUCCUUGGUGAACACCGAUGCGAGGCCGCCUUUUCGAUGGUUCUGCAUCGGCCCGAAACGCUCUGGGACCACGGUGCACACGGACCCAUUAGGCACUGCAGCCUGGAAUGCGGUGACGCAUGGCCUGAAGCGAUGGGUCCUGAUGGAACCGCAUGAAACCAAGAAACGCGUGAAAGGAAAAGAGUUCCUGCAGAAGGGCGAAGAUGAUGAGGCCAUCAUGUACUUCGACUACAUUCUGCCGCGGAUCAAACAAGCCUAUCCAGACCUAAAGAUCUACGAAGGUUUGCAGAAACCUGGCGAGGUGAUCUUCGUGCCGGGCGAUUGGUGGCAUGGCGUGUUGAACUUGGAGGACACUGUGGCAGUGACGCAAAACUACUGUGGUCCUGACAAUUUCGAUUUGGUUUGGACCAAGACGCGACGCGAGCGUGAAAAGAUUGCGUGGCUCUGGCUGCGCAACAUGAGGAGAUAUUCACCCUUAUACCAAAGGGCUAUGGAAUUGAACAAGCGAGACAACUUCAAGAUGAGGCAUGAACGCCCCGCCGGCGAACGGUUGUCAGAUGCCAGUUCCAGCAGCAGCGAAUCCUCCAGCGACUCCUCCAGCGACGAAGCUGUGGAUUUGGAUCCCGUGGGGCUUGAGGCAGCCGUGCCUGAUGCCUUCAAAACGUUGGGUGCCGUGGGUUUUAAGCAUCAGGGCUCGCCAGUCAGGGAGAUGGUCACGGCUGCGCGCAACUCGAUGGUCCCGGGCGAAGGAGCGGCGGCAGUUCAUAAGCGCCGGCGACUUGUAGAGGAGAUUUGA